AUGCCCUCCUUCAGAGACGACCCUCGAGCUCCUGUCUCCCCGUCACUCUCGACAAAUCCGGUGCUCGAAAGAGCUCAGUCGCAAUGGCUCUUCACCGCCGAAGAACUCCUUCUCGCUCCCAGUCUUCUCGAGGGUAUGUCGGUCGUACAAGAAUUGUCCAACCGACAGAAAGGUGUCAACUUCAUCACGCAAGUCGGAAUCAUGUUGAAGCUGCCUCAACUGACUCUGGCGACGGCAGCCGUGUACUUCCACCGGUUCUUCAUGCGCCAUGCCAUGGUUCAAAACAACAAGCCGGGGCUUCACCACUAUUCGGUGGCGGCCACGGCCCUAUUUUUGGCAACCAAGGUCGAGGAGAAUUACCGGAAAAUGAAAGAGCUGGUGGUGGCCUGCUGUCGAGUUGCCCAAAAGAACCCCAACCUGGUUGUGGAUGAACAAAGUAAAGAAUACUGGAAAUGGCGAGAUACCAUCCUACACAACGAAGAUCUCCUGCUGGAGGCCUUAUGCUUUGACCUCCAACUGGAACAGCCCUACCGUAUUCUUUUCGACUUCCUUCGCUUCUACGGCGUUCAAGAGAACAAGCCGAUGCGUAACGCGUCUUGGGCCUUUCUCAACGACUCUCUCGUCACCACCAUGUCCCUUCAGCUGACUCCCAUCUCGAUUGCGGGAAGUGCGCUCUACCUGGGCAUCAAACUCGCCGGAGUCACCCUGCCUGACGACGAAAGAGGAAGACCGUGGUGGGAGCAACUAGGCGUGGACUUGCAGGAUAUUCAGAAGGGUUGCAACCUGAUGGCUGAAGUUUAUGAGAACCCUACGUUACCACGACAAGGUCAAAAAGAUGCUUACACCAAAGAAGACGACAUUUCCAUCUUCGAUCGAACACGACUGCCAACUACACCGCAGCCUGAUCGCUCACCUGCCGACAGUGCGAGAAGUGGUAGCCAAGGCGUCAAGCGGGACAGAGAUACGGCGGAAGAUCAGCAGUCUGGCGAAUGGGGCUCCGGCAUACCAGCACCGCCUUCCGAAGAAACCCAGUCACAGCGGUCACCGAAGAGAUCCCGACGAGACACGGCGGAUAACAACCCCAACGUUCCGGAACGACCCUCACAACAAACAUCCGAUCCGCCCAUGCGGGACGAUAGGCGCUACACUGAAUCAAAGGAACUAGUCGACGACGUGCAGAAACGAAUCGACGAGAUCGUCAACAGUUCAACCUCCGGUGUGUCGCGUCUACCUCCUGGUCGCGACCCAACUACACGGCAAGAGUUCCUGAGCGAUUCUUCGAGAAGAGUCUCCACGUCAAGGUCUAAUUGGAACGGUCCUAGGGAUCGGGAAUCUUUGCACAGCCAAGCAGAAGGUCGACACAAGGGAGAGAAUGAACAAAAUAAUGGCUACGAAUCUUCAAGCGUGUCCAACCAGGUGGAAGCAGCUCCGGCAGAUGACAGGCCAGUACAUGCACGACCAGAGCCCCCUCAGAACGGCAGCAAUGACAUUGAUGACGCCGAAAGGGUCGACUACGGCAGCGAAGAGGGCGAAUUGUAA